AUGUCAAGCAAGCCAGAAAAUUACAAUAAUUGGCAUACCCUGUCAGUCGAGGAUACCUUUGAUCUCCAGGGAACAUCUCCGUCAGACGGUCUAUCCACAACCGAGGCGAAUAAGCGCCUUAAUCAAUAUGGUCACAAUGAAUUGUCAUCCAACGAAGGUCCUCAGUGGAUCAAGGUCCUCUUGCGACAGUUUAUAGAUGUUAUGAACUGGAUAUUUGCUGGACUAGGCGUUGCAUUCUUUGUCCUCGAAGAUUAUGUCACCGGCUCACUAUUGAUCGCACUUGCUUUUGUGAACCUCUACCUGACGUUCUCUCAAGAAUACGCAGCCGAACAAACUCUUUCCGCCCUCCGAAAUCUUUCUUCACCCCAGGCUAAUGUGAUUCGUGACAAAAGAGAGCAAAAUGUACCCAGCAGAGAUAUUGUUCCUGGUGAUAUAUUGUUGAUCAAAGAAGGCGAUUCUGUCGGUGCUGAUGCAAGAUUGGUCAACAUUUCAAACCUUGAGGUUGACGAAGCGCUCCUAACUGGUGAAUCUAUGCCCGUUCAAAAAGAGCUUAUUGUCUUAUCCAGUCCUGAUGAACCCUUGGGCGAUCGUAUCAAUAUGGUUUACAGCUCCACAGUUGUUUCUAAAGGACGGGGUAGAGCCGUUGUCACUGCAACUGGAAUGAACACAGAAAUUGGAAGAAUUGCUACAAAGCUCAAUGAGUCUAAAGAUGACGAUAAAACUCAGCUCCAAAGAAGCAUGAAUAAGAUGUACAUCGUCCUACUUGUUCUCUCUGUCCUAUUUAUUAUCAUCGUCUUUGCUUCCUCCAGAUUCAAGGUCACUUACGAAGUUGUCAUGUACGCUAUGACAGCCGCUAUGUCUGUAGUUCCAGCCGGCUUGACAACCGUCAUGGCCGUAACUUUGGUUAUGGGUGGUAGAGAAAUGACUAGCCAGAAAGCAGUUGUAAGAAAGCUAAAGGUACUCGAGACACUUGGAUCAGUCACCAAUAUUUUUUCGGACAAAACUGGUACCCUUACUAUGGCCAAAAUGGUUGUAAUUCGUUUUUGGACACCAAAAGAAGGUUAUUUCUACAUAACCCCUAAUGGGCUUUCUCCUGACGGCGAAGUUUACAGCACUUCAAGUGUGCAGACAAGAGAAGGCGAAGAAAAGAUCGACCAAGAUGUAUUAAUCGACAAGACACAGAUUUCUCCUGAUAUAAGAAGCCUGGUUCAAUGUUCAGCACUCUGCAAUAUGUCAAGUAUAUAUCACGAUGAUUCCGAGAAAGAAGACGACUGGGUUUCAAAUGGUGCUCCAACUGAUGUGGCUCUCCAAGUUUUUGCUCACAAAUUCAACAUGGGAAAGCCUGUGCUUGAAGAAUCCGGCUGGGAAUUGGUGUCUGAAUAUCAGUUUGAUUCUAUUAUCAAACGCAUGUCUACUCUUUAUCAUGAUAAGCAGACUGGCGAGUUUGUGGUAUUCACCAAAGGCGCCACAGAAAGAAUACUGCCUCUCUGUGCUUAUCUCACGGAUUCCGAAAAGGAUCGGAUUUUUCAGACUGUCGAUAUCCUGGCCGCUAAGGGUCUUCGUGUCAUGUCUCUGGCUUACCGCAAAUUCCCUGCCGGCAAAUAUGAUUACGAGUCAUAUGCAAGAGAAGACGUUGAGUCCGAUCUUGAUUUCCUUGGUCUUACUGGCAUUUAUGAUCCCCCACGUCCCGAGUCACGGCAAGCCGUCUUAGAAGCCCAUCAAGCUGGUAUCAAGGUUCACAUGCUCACUGGUGAUCAUGAGAUUACUGCUACAGCAAUUGCUAAAGAGAUUAACAUAUUGAACGAGAACACAAUGUCUGCUGAGACAAUCCGUCGACUUGUUAUGACAGGUACCCAAUUCGAUGCCCUAACAAAUGACCAAAUUGAUGCUCUUGAAGAACUUCCAUUGGUGGUAGCCCGCUGCUCGCCUGAGACCAAGGUCAAGAUGAUUGAAGCUUCUGCACGGAGACAUAAUGUUUCUGCUAUGACGGGCGAUGGCGUGAACGACUCUCCUUCGCUCCGAAUUGCCGAUGUUGGAAUCUCUAUGGGAAAAAACGGCAGUGAUGUAGCCAAGCAGGCAUCUGACAUUAUCUUGACCGAUGAUAAUUUUGCUACAAUUAUUCGCGCAAUCUGUGAGGGAAGACGCAUUUAUCAAAAUAUGCAACGAUUCUUACUCUAUUACUGGAUUACACUGUCUUCUCUCGCUAUUUUGGUUCUGAUUUGUCUCGCAAUACAUGAUCCAGAAGGCCACAAAGCUUCUCCGCUAUCUACAAUUGCUAUGAUUUUCUUGUUUGUUGCAAUUACGCCUCCAGCAAGUACUCUUAGUAUCCAGUCUGCUUCUAAAAACAUUAUGCUUGAGCCUCCACGACCAUCCAAAGAGAAUUUGUUUAACCGAGAAAUUAUCAUGGACACAUUAGUUUAUGGUUUGUCGUCUACUGCCUCUUUUUCGGUCGCAUUCUUUGUGCCUCUAUAUACUAUUGGGAAUGGAAUUGAAGGAGUCAACUGUGAUUCACACUAUGUGGAAGGGGCAUGCGAUUCUCUUUAUCGUGCUCGUGCAUCGCUAUUAGUUGCAACCAUCUUCUUCUCACUUUUGAUCAUGGUCCAUUGCCGCAGUUACCGCGAAUCUGAGUGGAACUGGGCUGGUUUGAAAAAGACAUUUGGAUCCAAGACCUUUACUGGUACUUUGAUAUUCGAUAUAGUAUGCCUUCUUAUUUUCUUAAAUAUUCCGGUGGUUGCUAUCGAAGGGUUCCGGAUGAAAGAAAUUACUUGGGAGUGGGGUCUUAACGUUGGCAUAGUUCUCGUCUAUAUACUUUUUGGUGAAGCUUACAAAUUCUUUAAACGGCGAUAUUUGAAGCCUAUGGCUACAAGUGUUGUAAGAACUGUCGUGUAA